ACCCUAUAUUUAGGAACGGAGAGAGUAAAAUACAAUGCCGAUCGAGAGCAACGUACGCAGUUACUCCAUGAUCACGGCCGGAACCAACACGGCCGGCAGAUGCAAAGCGCGUUGCACGGGACAAAAGUUUUUUUUUUUGAGGGGCUUGCAAUGAUACAGCUCGCUCCCGUACAGCGACAGGCCGGCACUGACACGUCCGUCGACCCGUCUAUCGUCGUACCUGAUUAUGUCCUCAUCAGACACACACAAUGGGCGCGCAUUAGUCUCGAUCCUGUGCAAGAAGUCUCGCGCGCGCACUAGCUAGCUCUAGCUCUAGCUCGGGUUUACCUCCUUCCAUCCGUCAAUGGCGACCCGUUCAUGGUGACUUCGUCCGUUUUCAAGCGCUGUAAACUUCGUCCAUUUAAAAACUUACUUAUCCUCUCAAAGCUCAGCAGCACAGCACUGCUUGCUUGCGAUCAUGGCCGCCGCGCCGCAGCUGCUUGCGAUCCUCCUCCCUGCCCUGGCAGCCAUGAUCCUUGUGCUGCUGGCCACGGCGCCGGCCGCGCGCGCUCAUGGCUCCUCGGCGUCCGCGUACCGCUGCGGCUGGUGCCCGCGCCGGUCCACCGCCUCCGUCCUCCCUUCCGAUGCCGGCGUCCUCACGGACGCAGCGUGCGGGUACGGUGACCCGGCGGCGGCGGCCGAAGGGGGGUUCCACAUUGCCGCUGUCAGCACCGGCUUCUUCCGCGGCGGCCGGGCAUGCGGCGCCUGCUACCAGCUGAGGUGCAGGGGCCGGACCCGGAGCGCGUGCGCGAAGGACGGCGUCAAAGUCGUCGUUGUCUCCGACGUGGCGGAAGCGAACAGGACAGCCGGUGGCAGUGGCCAGUUCGUGCUCACCAAGGACGCCUUCGCCGCCAUGACUACGGCUCACGACGAUGGUGGUCAGCUCGCGAGCUCCGUGGACGUCGAACUUAGGAGGAUUCCCUGCGUGUACAAGAGCAAGAACCUGGCGGUUAAAGUAGAGGAGACGAGCAGCAGGGAGAGGGGACACCUCGCCCUCCGGUUCCUCUACCAGGGCGGCCAGACCGACAUCGCCGCCGUCGAGGUCGCGCAGGCGGUCAACGACACUGCCAGUGGCACUAGCAACGAGGCCGCGCCGUCGCCGACGUCGUGGCAGUACAUGACCCGGCGCGAGGUGUCGCCGUCGGUGUGGCGCACGUCGCGCCUGCCGGCUGGUCCGCUGCGGCUCCGCCUCGUGGUGACCGCGGGCUCCGGCGGCAAGUGGCUGCGCGCCGACCGGGCGGUGCUCCCCGCUGAGUGGCAGCCCGGCGCGGUCUACGACACCGGCCUGCGCGUCACCGACGUCGCCGCAAACACCUGUGGCGGCGUCUCCUGCUCCGGCAUGGACGAGGGUGACCACGACAAGCAACUCAGAUGACGCGCUCCCUUGCAUCCACGGAUGAUCGAGCGGCCGAUGGUCCAUCGGAGCUAGCCGGCCUGCACGCCAACGGCGACGCCGCACAUGCACAUCUGCACCGGCCGGCCGCCGGAAUAUCGGUCGAUGCUGCACGUACACUCUGGAGAGACGUGUACAUCGCAACGUACGACAUGCAUGCACGUGUGCGCAUGGUCGACGACGAGCUCUCCGGUUAGGACAAAACAGCUAUGUCCCGCUCUAAACAGAGGAGGUUGGAGCGUAGCUUCACGUGUGGAGGGAAGGGACUAAUGCAGAGAAGAACAUGUACGUACAUGGCUGUGUUUUGGUCUUGGAAUCACAUGACAGUGCUACUGUUUUGGCUGCUCGUCCUCUUCCUCUUUGGCAUAGUAGGAGAGCAUUAUUGUACUCCCUUCAUUUCUAAAUAUAUGUUUUUAGAAAUUCCAUUAA